GCUGCUUGCAAAAGUUGAGCCAUUAGCCGAGACUUGAAGGAUUUCAGAGUCCAGGUUUAGGGCCAGAUUGGGAGUGUUUUGUGGGAAUAACAAACCGCUGGUUUAGGAACCGUGAAGGCAUGCUCACUUUCCUGCUCCUAAUCUCCAACUGAAACCAUUUCCCCCCCAUAAUUAUAGGUGGAAGAAUCUAAAGACGUAACUGGUUUCAAAUGUCACAUGAAACAGAUUUAUCAAAACAUCAAAUUAUGCAGAAAAUCUCCAAGAGAAAUAGUAAUUCACCUUUUACAGGUAAAGAACUGAACUCUGUUUGUCCUGAUAAGAAGAAGAAAGAAAAGAAAGACAAUUUUGUUGAAAUAUUACCUCCAGAAAUCACUUUUAAAAUUUUUAGCCAACUUGACAUUCAGAGCUUAUGCCGGGCUGCAACAACAUGUAAGAGCUGGAAUCAAACAAUCAAGAAUUGUGACUAUUUAUGGAAACACCACUGUUUGACUGUUAGAGCUAUAUGUCAAAAAGAGAUAGAUGGUGAUCGAGGAAAUGGAUAUUCAUGGAGGGUAACACUACUGAGGAACUAUUGGAAAAGUAAAGUAAAGCAUGAAUGGCUGAGUGGCAGAUACAGCAACAUUUGCUCUCCCAUUAGCCUGCCAGAAAAAAACAUGUGCCCUAUGGAUGCAGAUACCUGGGGAGAAAUUCUGGAAGCAGAACUUGAAAGAUAAACUGAAAAAGCCAGAAAAGAUCUCAACUUCCAAGAACUGAAAGCAAACAUUAUGGUGCAAAUGCCAUGUACAUUUAUUUACAUUCUUCAUCUUGUUUUAUUUGUGAACUUUUAAAAGAACAUUACAUGAAAUGUAAAUCUUUAUUUUGCACUUUAUCCCUUUUCCCCAAAAUUUUACUUGAUAUUUUUAUUGUAAGAAUGAAAAUUCAAUGAUGCUAUUAUAAAAAGACUUACUAAACUGUCGGAUUGAUUUCAAGAUUUGUAUAAUAUUGAUUUUAUAAAAUGCUAUGUAUUACUGUAAAGUAAUAGGAAUGAGAAAA